GGCAAAUAGAAUACUUUUCUCUUUCUCGAGUCGCAGAAAAUACGGGAAGCGUCAUUUCAGUGAGAAAUCACAGAUUACAUGCACGCUUUGAAAAUUAGUUAACAUUACACAGUGUUUACCGUCGUUUUAACUUUAGACUUUAGUCAAAAAAAGGAUAAACAUCGUUGAAUUUAUCCGUAAGGAAUAUUUUUGUUUAGAUUUACAACAGAAUAUAGUUUAAAGAGUUGACCAGGACACGAGAAAAACAAACGAACAAGAAAUAAUGAUGUAUAACGAAAGAUGGACAGAUUGCACAUUCAUACAGGACUCGGGAACUCUUCAGCACUUCCAAACAUCUGGUGAUGACAACUUUGCAAACAACGCAGGUUUUUGUUCGGUGAGAGCGGGACUCUCGUCGAAUUCAACGCCUUUCGGGAACUCCUUCAGCUUGCCGCUUGAAGUUCCGUCCGUAGCCUCCUGUAACUUACCAAAUAAUUCCCCAUUCUUCUACGAGAGCAACGGGGUUUACACGGAAACAUCGGGUAGCAGACUUUACGCUGGUUCUGAGCUUCUUCCUUCAUACACUUCUAUGGUAGGUGGGCUUGGUCAUGUGGGGUUAGACGUUCCUGUCAGUUCUCCUAUUAUACCCCAAAGCUUCGACACACACUUUUAUACCACGGAUCCCUCAAUACGUAUACGGUCCACCACAGUGAGUCUUCGGGAGGAUCCGUCAGCCUUAGUAACGUCACCUCAUCAGUCUUCGCCGGUGAUCCCAACUCCAUCUCCAAUUUCUCAUAACACGGGCCUCGUUUGGGCCAAAUUUACUCAGGAUUGUCCACUCGAGGAUAUCCCACUAAGGUUAAGAAGUCCACCGGCUACUUCAUCGGUCAUCAAUGAUGAAAGAUUCAGUGUUAAGGUCACAGGGGACGAAACUACGAGCUCGAAAUUGCUAAAGGACCCAUGUGAUUCAAAUAUUGGUUCUGAGUCAGAAAGUUCAAACAGCUACGAUACAAAACAGUCUCCGGUCAGUUCUCCUCCAACUAGUCAAGCCGAAAAGAUAAAACAAACGCACGUGUUUAGUAACAGUUCAUCCGACGGACAAGCACAGAAAAAACGAAAAAGACGUGUUCUGUUUUCCAAAACACAGACGUACGAACUAGAAAGACGAUUUCGACAACAGCGGUAUCUUUCAGCUCCAGAGAGAGAACACUUGGCGAAUAUUAUACAACUGACUCCAACACAGGUGAAAAUCUGGUUUCAAAAUCAUCGCUACAAAACGAAACGGGCUCGUCAAGAAAAAGGAAUAGAGUUUACUCCCAUGCUUUCACCUCGUCGUGUUGCCGUUCCGGUCUUAGUCAGGGACGGAAAACCUUGCCAACCACAGAUGAACAGCAGUUUCGUCAAGUCUCAAGAUUCGUUACCGUCCGUUGUCCCGAACAUGGAGCCAGGUUUGAAUGUUACCAUGGCAGCUACUGAUUUUACAUCCAUGACAAAUAUGGCUACUGCUGCGGCAGCGGCAUCUAGUAUCAAUUCUUUCAACAUAAAUAUGAUGUCCACCUAUUCGCAUCCCAUAAUUCGACAAACGCCGUGGUGGUAAAUCCUCUUAUUUUGUUCGUGUAAAUUCACAUCGAUUACGGAUUAAUA